UCGUAUUCACCAUUACAUGUGUUAUACAUCCAUUCAUUUACUAUAUAUGCUUAACUGCUGAUGCGCAUUUACUUCAAAACCAUGAAGCCUUUACGGUUGCUUAGUUUGCGAUCUUCUGUUCCACGCAAUACAAGUCUCAAAUUACGCAGCAGGAAAUCGCAUGUGCAGAGGAGGAAAAUAAAGAGGAAAAUAAGGCGGUUAAGAGAAGAGAUGGCGGAGAUUAGUGCAGAGCAAAAAGGUAUUAGAGAGGGUCAAAGGAAAGUGAGAGAAAGGUUUGAGGAGAUACAGUCACAGCGCGAGAAGCUCUGGCAGGAAACAGAGCUUAUUGCAAAGGAUAGCAUUGGCAUCAAAAUGAAGCUAAAUUUGAUGUCCGGAAUCAUAAAAGCAAGAGCUCAAAAUGACUCUUCUUUGGUUGCUCGACUUACCUGCUCUCUCCGGGAAUUGAUAUCCAAGCCAAACCAAUAUUGAGAAUUGCUUUGACGACUUGUGAGUUGUGAUGGUCACUCUUGAGGCAUCUUAUGGAGAUCUAGCAUAUUUGGCAGAAGCAUGCGCUAAAUAUAAAAGCUGGAUUGCUGUGAGACAAUCAUGUCAUGUCAAACAAUUGUACGAAUUUGAUUUAGUAAGAAAUGUCAAAGACUAUUUUUGUAUUGUAAUUUCAUAUUUAUGCUCCAUUUGUUUCAAUGAAAACCAAUCUCUUAUAGAAAAAGAAAAACUUAUCAUGAAAAAA